AAUGGCUUGGAUUCGAGCCUCGAAGCCGUGAGGAAGUUAACACAAGGGGAAUUGCGGAAUAUUCUCACCAGUUCCACUCAUUUCAGGCUCCUCGAGUGCAUCCAGAGGAUAAAUGAGCAGGAAGACGAAACAUUCCAGCAGAUUCUGAACUUUGUUUACGAAUGCAAAGUUGUCCCUAAUCCAGAGAUCAGUGUCGAGGAGGCCCUCAAGGAUUUGCAAGAUGCUGUGAAGCUUGAGGAUGAAUCUCUUCUCAUGGCCAUCAAGACGCUGUCUCACGUCUUCAAGAGAGCCCUGAAGUUCAUCAUGAAGCCCACUUCGCUACACGUAGAUCUCAUCAAGGUGCUGGGCUUCGAGGAGAAAAAGGCAGAUGCGAUCAUCAAGUACUGGGUGCAGGUGCAAAAGCCCAUCUUGGAUAAUUUGGGAACAGAAUCGGGACAGACGAAAGAAUUGGAGGACGUUUCGUGGAAUUUGGAAGUUGACCUGGCGUCAGAAGCGAGGGAGAAGGAGAAGAACCCAGUGGGGGUCAUUCAGAUGAAGAUAUCCACCGGAGACUUGGUUGCCAUGCAGUGCAAUCACAUCCAAUUGUCCAAAUUCUUCGACCAACUCGAGGAAGUCACGCAAGAACUGGACAAUCUCAAAAAGUCCUAG